AGUAUGCAGUUGCACCGGAAGUGCAAUGGAAUUUGGGACCCCCUUUGGGAAGGUGCGCCCGGCGUGGGUGAAGUAUGGCUGCGGUUCCUCCCGAUACUUGGCAGCCGCCCACUGUUUCCAUGGAGACUACUAUGGGCCUCAUUGUUAUGGAGCUAUACUGGAAGCAUGCACCCAAAACUUGUAAGAAUUUUGCUGAACUGGCGAGACGAGGUUAUUACAAUGGCACCAAGUUUCAUAGGAUAAUCAAGGACUUCAUGAUCCAGGGAGGUGAUCCGACAGGAACUGGAAGAGGAGGAGCAUCCAUUUAUGGCAAGCAAUUUGAAGAUGAACUCCAUCCAGAACUGAAGUUUACAGGUGCAGGAAUCCUUGCUAUGGCAAAUGCAGGUCCUGAUACCAAUGGCAGUCAAUUCUUUAUCACAUUGGCACCAACCCAAUGGCUUGACGGGAAGCACACUAUCUUUGGACGUGUUUGCCAAGGAAUUGGGAUAGUCAACAGAGUGGGCAUGGUGGAAACUAAUGCACAAGAUCGUCCAGUGGAUGAUGUCAAGCUCUUGAAGGUUUUUCCAUCAGGCUAAACUAGAUCUUAGAAUUUUUUAUCAAAUCGAAUUCUAUUCCAUUCAGAAUCUAAGAUGAUAAUUGUUUUGUUCUGAAAGUUAUUUGCCAGUUACUUAGGUGAAGAAUAAUCCUGUACUAAAAACUAUCUACAAAAUUUAUCAUUAACAUUUUUUAAAAAGUCUAAAGCUAAAUUCAUCGGUUUGGCCUAUUUGAACUGGGGUCAUACCACCAGAGCCUGCUUGGAGCAUAUUGUGAACAGGCAAAGAGCUUGAAAUGUACCAGAAGUAAGCCAAUAUCUAGUAUAGUCAUCAGAAAUGCAUGGUGGAUGUCAGAGUCUGCAUGGCUCAUCAAUCAAUGCUGAAAUGCUGUCCUGUGCUCCCAAGUGUACCCUUUAAAAGUUGUAUAAUUGAAAAGCUGUACCUAAACAAGCAACAACCUUCAUCUGCAUCACUAUUAAAAUAUAAGCAGCCUAGUCUUGGAAGGUUAGCUGUCCCUAUUGUGGUGUUUGUUCUCAAGAGAAUACUGAGGGUGGAAUCCAAUGUUGUAUGAGUGAACUUCGUCUUCCUCUCCUGUGCCCAUACAACCCCCAGAAUCUGCUUUGGUGAGUCUUCUGAAGCAGAUUUUGAGGGUGUGUGAAGGGUUGGGGAAGGAGAUGAAGGUGAAGUCCUGUUCAUAAGCAGAAAUCUGUUCCACUUAUGCAUGGACAAUGCUGGACACAAUCCUGAGUUACUGCAAACUAAUGAAAUCUCCCAUAAAUUUAUCCUGGCAAAAAAUUGUUCCAUGCAGUGAGUUUUCUGGCAUAUUUUGGAUUUUCUUAAUCCAUCUGGCUUUGCAGCUUUGGAGCUCUGACUUCAAAUCAUAUUUGGUACUGUCAGUCUCCGCUGGCACAAAACAAUUAUUCUAAAGUUAAAAUAGCUAUGUGGAGGGUAAUGCUAACUGACGCUAAGUUAUUCCUCUGUUGGGCUAUGUAAUGGUGAUACUUUGGAAAAACCUUACUCCUUUUCACUCCCUUGCAAAUGUAUGUAGCUCCCUGAAUGUGCUUUCAAUUCCAGAAGAGCCCCACUGUCAGUCUCUUUUUUCUGCAUAUUAUUUUUAUUCAGAAGCCUCACACAGCAGAUCUUUUUCAUUAUUGGUCCUGUUCAACCAAAAGUUCUAUUUGGCAUGGAAGAAGCAAAGCUUGAGGUAAGAUUGAUGUGCAUGGACCUCCCAUGUCCACUCAGUGGCCAAGAGGAAAAAGAUGCAUUCACUUUGCAUUCUGAAUGAAGGAUUUUUUCCCCUCAAGCUAGAAAGUUUAAAAUCAUCCAUGGAGCUCAGGUCCUCCCUGGAGCUAGAUUAGUCCAUAUCAGCACACACUUUCUGUGGCACGCUGAUGCCCUCAAAGGCAAAAUGUUCCAGGUCCUAUCCUAUGUUUCUUUAAUCAGAGCUCAGGAGUGCUUUUUAGCAUUUUUUUGGUAAAUAAUUUUUAUUGAAUUUCUCAUAAUAACAAAUAAUAUGGCGCCAUUCCAACUACAUAAAAAGAGGAAAUAAUUCCACACACUUCUUAGGUUCCAUAAACCCAUCAAACAAUGUAGACAGGCCAGAGCAAAACAGAACAGCCCCCAUCCACUCCUCUAUCAUCCUGUAGCAAGAAUAAGAAAAGAUGUCAUACAAGCAAAAAUUUACAAAAUCAUUGAGGACAAAUAGAAAUAAAAGUAAAUCUUGAUAAUCCAGUUACUGUAUUGGAUCACAUUAGGGUCAAAAUCAGUUUAAGUAUUCCCUCAUGCAUUGCAAAUAUGGGCAUAUUGAGGCUUUUUAGCAUUUUAUGAUAGAUCAUCUGCACAUGAAAUAAUCCUAUGCAAGUGUAGAAACAUGAAUCUAGGACAGGACAAACAGCCCCAUAAAUAAAACCACCAUGAUUCCAGCUGCUCUAGCAACAUAUGUUCAGCACAUUCCUUUGGCUGCUAACAGUCCCUGUUCUGGAGUACAUAGUUAAUUACUGAAUUGUCAGAGUAGCUUUUGGCCAUAGACUUGUCUUCAGGUAUCAGGUUUCUUUGGCUCAAUUUUGAGUGGCUAGGUGUAGUUGUAUGCCCUUGAGUUAAGGGAGUGAGUGAUCUUCAUUUUGUUUAUUUUGCUUUAAGAGCCAAAGUCGCUGCAUGACUGGAAUAAUAGUGUAAUGAGGCAGUUAUAACUUACUUAGUUCUAUAAGGGUGGUAAGUAGCAGCACUAUUAACCAGUGGUUGUUGCAGUGUUCAAGGCACAAAGAGCCUGAUAGUGAAGGGUGUAACUUUUUCUAUUAAAAUAUGAUAAGUUGUGCCAGAAUACCAUGCUAACCACUAACACAUCAAAGAAAAGGGUGUUCCUGUUUCCUUGCAUGUCCCCACUAAAUGCCUUCAGCAGAUCUCCUGCUUCCUUACAUAUCCAUGUUCAAAACAAAGGCUGUAGAUGGUCUUUCCCCAAUAAUCAGAUUCACUCAGUGCAUCAUUGUUGGUAUCCAUUUCUGACAUUGUUAAAUGUAUCAAAAAAUACAGUAACAUUGUUUAUCAAGAAGGCAAGAAUGGUUAUGUAACAUCACUACCUCGGGAAGCAAAAUUUCAUAAACAAAUAUUAAUGAUCUGAUUUAUACUUGCAUUGAUGUCUCUCUUGGUCUAAUCUUAUACUGUAUUCCAAAGGUCAAGGGCCAUGAUACUUUGUUUAAAUGUAGUGCGUCUUACACAACAAAUUAUAUCCCUGCUGCUUCUAUCAGGGCUGCCUCUGACACUUCCAAUGCUACUAAGUGUCUUUUGAAUGCAUUUUUAUAACCAAAUAAAAUAUUUUGUAAGUA